AUGGCUUUAGCUUUUGUUUCUACCAAUUUGGAAUCAUACAUGGCUUCAGAUGGCCAUCUUCUCGUUCCCUUGCAUCAGAAGCCUGGAAAGAAAAGUCAAGGUUUUUUCAGGAUGAGCUGGGGGAGGAUAUCGUGUAAAGACCUGGGGCACGCAGACUGCCAAGGGUGGCUCUAGAAGAAAAAGGAGAAAGGAACUUUUCUGAGCAACAAAUGAAAAACGUUCUGGGUGGUACUGAAGGCAUCCUCCCUAUAUUGAUACAGCAAUCAAUUGGCAGAAAAAACGGAUGGAUUUGUCAACCUGCCUGACUUCACUGUGGAGAAAGCAUCUGAAUGCAAAAGAAAGCAUGCUUUCAAGGUCAGCCAUCCACAGACCAAGACCUUUUAUUUUGCAGCUGAGAAUAUUCAAGAAACUAAUGUGUGGUUAAACAAGCUUGGAUUAUCUGUAACCCAUCAUGAAUCCACUACAAAGGACGAAGAAUGCUGCAGUGAGAGUGAACAGGAUGAUCCAGAAAUAGCUGUGGAGACAGCACCGCCUCCUAAUUUCAGAGACGCUGUCCCCCUUGAGUCCUUCAUAGAGCAGGCAUCUUCAUCUUCAUCCAAACUGAGUGAAACACCAGGUUCUUUCUCUUCCCUGGAAAAUACCGUAAAGACAGCCAGCACUUUGCCCACCUCCUUAUCGAAAGAAAGACAGUAUUUGAUCGACAUUAACCAUUUGUCUGCUGCUGAAGAUGUGGGACAAUCUAUAGCAAUUGCUGUGGAGAUUCCCCCACCUGGACAAAGUCACAAGGCCCCGGAGAACAGCUUGGCCACGUCAGAAAGCGGAGUUUUGAAUCUAUCUAGUGGUGACAUGUCUUCAUUGAGCAGCACUGUCCCAGACAAGCCUACGGGAUCAAAGAUGAUGGAGAGAGAAGAAACAAAAGUGUCUGGAGAUGAUGAAAUAGAGAAGCUCUGUAAAUCGUUAGGGCAAGCCAGCCUAUUUCCUCUUGGGGACCGACGACCUUCAACCAAAAAGGAGUUGAAAAAUUCUUUUGUGCGGGGGUAUAAAAAUCCACCCAUAAAUGAGAAACUCCACAAAUGAACCUUGGCUAGCACAUUAAAGUGUAAAGAACAUGACCUGGCCGUGACUAACCAGUUGCUGGAGGAUCCGAAGCUGACAGACAGAAAAUACAGAGAGUGGAAGGUCAUGAACACCACGCUGAUUCAGGACAUCUAUCAGCAGCAGCAGGACCCUGCGUCCGCAUCAGUCCCUGCAGGCUCCCCCUUCGGACUCCAGAAACCACCUUCCUCUGCCUCUGUUGAAAGUUCUAUUUGA